AUGACUGCUGUUAAAAAGGGUGACUUGACAGAGAUCAAAAGUUUAGCAAAUCCUCCGCAACUCGUCAAAGAUGUUCUAAGUGCAACGAUGACACUUCUUCAGGAAGAGAAUGUAGAGGAUUUCAGAUAUGUUAAAAGAUUCCUUGCUGACCCUUCAUCAUUAAAAAGAUUGGAAGAAGUCGAUGUUAGUGUCAUUCCUCCGGAGCUAGUUGUCAAGGCACGUGGGUAUAUUGACGGUUUCACAGAAGACAAAGUCCGCUCUGUCAGUGCUGCUACAACGUCCUUUUUUCGCUGGGUAAAUGACGUACUAUCUAAGGCCGGCUCUGGUGCAGGAGAUCUAAGUAAGCCUGGAAACUCAAGCUGA